GACACUUUCCCUGUUUCCACUCUUCUUACCUACUGCACCUUCCUACCUGCCUUCGUUUUCUGCCAUAUCUCUUCCUUUCCGCUUCUACGUCCCUCAUCCGCAAGCAUGGCCGCAACUGCAUCAUUAUCAAGCAUGACCCCUGGCGCCUCCCAUAGCUCGCACGAGUUCAUGAACCCAAAGAGUCCCGGUCUCGUGUGGAAACACCUGUCCAUGCAACAAAUCUACGAUUUCAACUCCAUAGGGCCUGCUGACGAAGCUUUAAGAUAUCUGAACACGAUAUUCAAGACGGAGCCGGACAUGGAUCCGCAGCGGAAUUUGAUUCUGAUGGAUUUCUAUUAUUAUACUUUGAGGUUCGCCAAAUCGAGCAACCUCUCACCCAUGCAAGCUUCCGUCUUUUUCUCCAUCAUGAAAAUCACGCAUGAGCGGGCCACAGCAUCACCGUUCAUCCACCUCGAAUCCGACUACCACUUCUUUCGGGACCUCCUCCUGAAACACUCGAUCCACCGCCCGCCUUUCAGCCAGAAAGUAUUCUCGCUUCAGGAAGUGAAAAUCAUCGAGGAGUAUGCUCUCAAUUCAUAUUUCCGCCACUACCUCAUGUACAAAUACGCCUUUACGCAGAAACUGCGGCUGAAUUUCACGCUGGAUAAUGAUGCCAUUGAGGAGGUUGCCGCGCCGGCUGCUGCCGCUGUUGGAGGUGCUGCGCGGAGGGACAGCGUUGCUGUUGAAAGCGAGAAGGAGGGGGAUGGGGAGACCCCCGACGUACCCCAAACAGACUCAUCCGCCGACCUGUCCGCAUCAUCGGGAACCAUCCCCACAACCACAGCCGCCACCGUGGACGACACCUCACCAACGGAGCCCGCAACCGCACCUGAAAAGGACAAAAAGCCCGAAGACGCAUCCCCCGCACCACAGCCGACGGCGACGGCCACUGCAGAGGUGGAGCAGGUCGUAAAGGAGACGGAGCAGCCGCAGGGCGAGGAUGGUGGCGAGGCUGGUGCUGGUGAAGCCCACCGCCCAACUCCCCAAGAAAUCGCAACCGCAGAACUCUCCAACUUCAUCAGCACAACCCUUGCCACGCGCAUUGACGAUCUGCGCAAAUCGCUGCUUGCCAAAUUGCAGACGCAGGAGGAUCAGAUCAAUAACAAAUUGAAACGGUUGGAGGAUAGGCAGGAGGAGGAUGCGGGUGGGGCGGGAAAGAAGGGGCCGAAGGGGGUGGCGGGGAAGAAGAAGUAG